CGACAAUUGCAGGUGGGAUAAUCCUCUGUGCUCGAUUUUUUGCUUAAAAAAACAAACAAAAUCACUCACAUUUUGAUCCUCCGUAUCUCUCUCUCUCUCUCUUUCUCUUUCUCCUUUAUAUAACACUUUACCAUUUUUCUUCUUCUUCAAAAAGCAAUAUCUUAUUCUCAUAUCUUUCACAAUAUUUUUAGCAUUUCUCUUUUCAUCCAUCCACAAACUUCUUCUUCAUCGCUUUUCUGUGAUGGCUACUGCUGGUGAUGUUCUCAGGCAGAGUUUACCUGAAGUGAGUGGUGCUGGUGUUGGAGAGUUGCACGUGCUUGCUGUGGAUGAUAGUUUUGUGGAUCGUAAAGUCAUUGAAAGGUUGCUUAAAUUCACUUCUUGCAAAGUUACUGUUGUUGAAAGUGGAACUAGAGCUUUACAGUAUCUUGGUUUGGAUGGUGACACAAGUUCCAUUGGUUUUGAUGGUGUGAAGGUUAAUAUGAUAAUGACAGAUUAUUCUAUGCCUGGGAUGACAGGAUAUGAAUUGCUCAAAAAGAUUAAGCAGGAAUCAUCUGUUUUUAGAGAAAUUCCAGUGGUGGUUAUGUCCUCUGAGAAUAUCUUGACCCGAAUCGAUAGUUGCUUGGAAGAAGGGGCAGAGGAGUUUCUAUUGAAACCUGUCAAGUUGGCAGAUGUGAAACGCUUAACAGAUUUCAUAAUGAGAGGCGAAGGGAAGAAAGUCGGAGGAAAAGUAUCUCAAAAAAGAAGUCGGCCAGAUGAUUGUAUUUCAUCUCUAUCAACUGCUUGUUCAACAUGUGAACUGUUGCCAUUGUCACAGUCUGCAAUGUCGUCAAAGAAAUCCAGACUAUAACCAUUGAUUCAUUUAGCGGUGCCUUUUAUGUCUCCAUUUUUGCUGAACUAAUGUUCAUAUCGUGAUGUAAUUUGAGUUUUUAAUACUAAAAAUUGCUGACAAGGAGUAUAGGAUUAGGACUGAGGAAGAGGAUCUCUGAAAUCACUUGUUUGAAGCUAACAUUUGCUGAUUUUGCUAUUGUAAAGAAAAAUUUAUUAGAAAUUAACUAAACCCUCCAUUUGGCAGGGUCUACUUCAAAA